AUGACAGAUGCAAAAGAAACCAAUGUCACAACACAGAACUCAGAGCCACCUGCUGAGCCACCUCAGGUCACUCGACAGAAAUACGAGGAAGCUAAGCAUGAGUUACAAGCUUUACUAGCACGAAAGAAGCAAGUGGAUACGAAUCUGAUUAACCUUGAAAACGCCAUCUAUGCGUUUGAAGGAUCUUAUUUAGAAGACACACAACAGAAUGGCAAUAUUAUUCGUGGGUUUGAUGGUUACCUCACCAACCGACCCGACCGAAGAAAACCCAAAUUCACCGAACUGGAUCGACUCUUCAGCUUAUCCUCGUCCACGUAUCAAAAAGCUUUAGCGCAAAAGGAAGAGAAGGACCAAGAUUCGAGUCAGGAUGAUCGAUCCAGUGCUUCUUUAUCGAUGGCUAGGCGAGAAAAGAAACGAAAAUUGAAGGGUCAUGAGAGUAAUGGCUUCAGAAAGAAGAAGAGCUCUGCGGGCAGAGAAAUCAUGAGUGAGGAUGAGCUGGAUAUAUGA